AUGAUAGCUACCUCUGCACGAAAAAUAUCGUUCCUACACUUGGCAAACGAUGUCGUCCAAACCUCUAGAAGAAAGAGCGAGGAUUUGGUCAAGGAAUUUGGUAAAAUCUUCCCUGAUGCCUUUGUACACAUCUAUCGGUAUGCUGAAUAUUCAUCACGAGACCGUUAUUGCCAUGUUGGGAUCUCUUUCGUGUCAACCAUCGUGACUCUAAAAGCUGAGAUACAACCUCUGAAUAGAUCCGUUCCACCAGACGCUCAAAACAAGGUUGCGCGAGUACUACAAGUGUUUGAAGAUCGAGCAGUCUAUUCUACUGAAUAUUUGGAUGAGAUACGAAAGAGUCUGAAUAUUCCUACUUUAGCUGGACAGAAUCGUGCUAGAUCAGCCAGUGUGAUGCCGAGUGGAUUACCGCAAGAGGCCAGGUCAAUCGUACCCUUGUUAUCAUCCAUCGAAAAACAAAUGGGAGCGACAACAGCCUUGACGAUUGAAACUCAAAGGCUACCAAUAGAGUGGUUUCAAACAGAUUUGUGUACCGUCUAUACAGAGCAAAAUAGGAGAAAUGAAGCCAUAGGGGCAUUAGCAGACGCCAAGAAAAAGUUAGAAGCAUUAAAAAACACAUCAGCUGCUGAACUCAAGGAUCGAAGAUUACUUGCAACAGAGCUGCAACGGUUGCUACAAGCUAAUGAAUUGUCUAUAAGUGGUGCAUCUGCUACACUUCAGCAAACAGAAACACAGUUAGCUGUAGUUGAUGUGCAGCUGGGAAAUCUUCGAUACGCUGCUGGCAACAGCCCAACAUUACCAGUAUCUCAUGCAGGGACUCCAGAGUUGCAAAAUGAUCCUACAUCGACGACAGCAGCGACAGGUCAUAGUAAUCCGAACGAGACCCCAUAUUAUGGAUGGAAUGGAGCCGCUGUGAGUGAACAACCUUGGAGCACGCCCGAUGGUUUGUUAUCCGGAGGAGACUUGAAUGGCACAUUGCAGUGGAAUCAGUGA